UCAUUUAAAAGAAUACAGCUGUCAGAAUGGAGAAUAAGGUUAUAUUUGAUUUAUGAUUGACUACAAUAAAAAAUCUGCGCUUAGAAAAUUUAUUAAAAAUAUAUAAAGGAACAAUUUUGACUUGAUUGAUAGUCAUGCAAGCUGGCCUUAAAAUCUUAAAAAAAGUAUCAUUUUUUCGAAAUACUAGUCAUUUCUUAUAUAAAUCAUCAAAAAAUUCGAAUUUCGCCUCAGAUCUUUUUAAAGCAAUUGAAGAAUAUAAAGCGGCGGAAAUGGAAAAGCAAACAAUUAAAAAACAAUAUAAAUCUCGGUAUAAUGGUAAAAACAAAAAGCGUCCGUGGCAAAAUUACAGUGAAGAAAUAAGCGAAGAGGUAAAACGGAGAAAAGCUAAUUUUAACCCGGAAGACAGAAUAAAAAGAAAAAAAACUGUAAUUUUGUUAGGGUAUUGUGGGGCUAACUACUAUGGUAUGCAAAGAAAUCCAGGACAACAAACAAUAGAAGAAGACCUAUUUAAAGCAAUGCUAAAAUGUAAAUGGAUUGAUGAAGAGGGGUUUAACCAACCACAGCAAAUACAUUUUCAAAGAGCUGCUAGGACGGAUAAAGGUGUUUCAGCUGCCAGACAAAUUUGUUCUGUGAAAUUGCCCGAAAAAUUAGAUUUGGAAGCUAUUAACUCUGAACUUCCGGAUGUAAUACGUGUUUUUGCAACAAGACGAGUCACAAAAGGGUUUAAUUCAAAGGAUCAGUGCAAUGCUCGAACUUAUACUUACACGAUGCCAACAAUUGCUCUAGAUGCAGAAGCAAAUGCUUCGGAAUAUGCAUCAUACCGUAUAAGUAAAACGAACCGUGAACGUUUUGAAGAGAUUUUAUCCAUGUAUGAAGGAACUAAAAAUUUUCACAAUUUCACUAGCAAAAAGGAGUUUCUUGAUCCUUCUUCAAAACGUUAUAUCAUGAGUUUCAAGACCGAUGAACCAUUCUUAAGUGAAAAUGGAUUAGAGUUUAUAACGUGUCGUGUUAAAGGGCAAAGUUUUAUGUUGCAUCAAAUCCGGAAGAUGGUUGGACUCGCUUUAGCCAUUGUUCGUGGAAACGCAAAUAAAGAUGUGAUGGAUCGCGUUUUUGAAGAAAACCGAUUAGAUAUUCCUAUGGCUCCUGGCUUGGGCCUUGUUUUAGAUCAAGUUCAUUAUGAUCGUUACAAUGAAAGAUAUGGAAAUGACGGCGUACAUGAGAAUUUAACGUGGACUGAGUUUGAACCUGAAAUUGAGAAAUUUAUAAAAACUUAUAUAAACCCCACCAUUUUCGAAAUAGAAUUCAAAGACAAACCAAUGUUAAACUGGAUCGAAACUUUAGGUUAUCACACUUACGAUGUUCGUGCAAUUGACGAUGAAAAAAUAAAAAAUAUUUCCCAAAAAGAAAUUUUAAAAACUGAACAUUUAGAUAUUCAUUCUAAAAAUCAUGAUUUCGUGCCGCCUGAAAAAGAAUUAGAUGGUAAAAUAGAUGAAAAAUUCAGUUUGAAAUAA